AUGGCGUCUUCCUUCGCGAUCUCCCGCGCGGGCGUCGCGCCGCGCGCGUCCGCCGCGCGAACGACGCGCGCCCGCGCGUCGUCCCCGUCCAUCGCGAGACCGCAAUCGUCGUCGUCGUCGUCUCGGUCGCCCUCGCGACGACGACGAUCCUCCUUCCCACCCCUCGGCGCGCGCGGCGGCUCCGUCGCGACGCGCGCGGCGGCCGCGGCCGUGGACCUGCGCAACAUCAUCGAGCGCCUGUGCGACCGCGAGGACCUCACCGAGGAAGAGACGGAGGCGUCCCUGGACGCGCUUCUCGACGCGGAUCCCGCGCAGAUCGCCGCCUUCCUCGUCCUCCUCCGCGCCAAGGGCGAGACCCCCGCGGAGAUGGCCGGCAUGGCGCGCGCGAUGAAAGGCCGCGCGGUCGCGGUAGACGCCGGCGACGACGUCCUAGACAUCGUCGGCACCGGCGGCGACGACGCGGGCACGGUCAACAUCAGCACCGGGUCGUGCGUCCUCGCCGCCGCGGCGGGCGCCAAGGUGGCCAAGGCGCGUCCGACUUCUCUCCGUCGCUCUCUGUCGUUCUCCAAUGAAACGUCCACGUCAUCAAACAACUAA